GCGGCGCCCAUCAUACAGACUCUCAGGGAAAUGCGAGUCCUCACCUUGGCCUGCUGGUGCUGCUAUUGAGUUGCCAUGUCUUUCUUCUCAGCGGCGUUCUUCACCAGAAAGUCGCGACACGCAACUCCCAAAAGUGCAGCAUUCGAGGUCCUGCUCGUGCGUGUGAUGUCAGCUGGCUUCAAGUGGCAGAUCUUCCUGUGAAUCUGCCGCAAGCUCUCCUGCCAGAGAAACUUCCGGGCUGCGUAAUAUUGGAACAUCUCUCCCAGGUAUUUUCUUUCCGACGACGAUGGACGGCAAUCAUCGGCGCAAACUGAUCCUGUCGUAUGCACCGGACUGGAUCGUGACGAUUGUACUAGGUGCUUGCUUCGUUGCUCUUAACAACUCAUCCGGCUUCAAGAGAGAGUUUUCUUUUAGUGAUACAUCACUAUAUCAUCCCUACGCGGAACAUGAGCGCAUCCCGCCAUUUGCACUCUACAUCAUUGCUGGUGCUUCCCCCUUCUUACUGCAAGCUAUGAUCAACUACCUCACUGUACGAUCUUGGUGGGACCUGCACAACAGCACUCUCGGGCUGGUACUCAGCCUUGCGUUGUCCGGCGUCAUCACCCAAUUCGUGAAGGUCACCGUGGGCCGACCACGACCCGACGUAAUCUCACGCUGUAUGCCGCCGCCUGGUUCUGUUGAUCCGCAUUGGGGCCUAUCAAACUACACAAUUUGCACCCAGACAGACGAUUAUAUCCUGAAAGAUGGCUGGAGAAGCUUCCCCAGCGGCCAUUCCAGUAUGUCGUUCUCCGGCCUUGGUUUCCUCACUUUCUACCUCGCCGGAAAGCUGCAUCUGUUUGAUCACAGGGGUCAUGCGCCAAAGGCGUGGGCAGCAUUGACCCCGCUCUCCGCUGCGGCCCUCGUCGCCAUUUCCCGCACGAUGGACUACCGCCACCACGCAACCGAUAUCCUUGCCGGCUCCCUCCUCGGCAUCGCCACUGCCUAUUUCUCCUACCGGCAGUACUUCCCCUCGCUCUCCUCCCGGCUGUCGCACCGCCCGUACUCCCCGCGCAUAAAGCGCGAGCUCCUGCCCGUGCACGCGCAGAGCGUGCCGCUCGCGGCUGGCGAGGAGGAGUCUGAGGAGACGGACGGGGAGCUGGAACACGAGACGAUCCCGAGGGAUGAGCAUGGCCAUGUGCUAUGGAAAGACGACGGCGAUCGGGAGCGGAGAGAGAAUAUGGGGUUAUCAGCGGCAGACAAUUGUUGAUACAGACUGUUCUCGCUUACCCCUUGUUGUAGUGAUGAGCAUACAACAAUCAUGGAUGGGAAGAAACCGGUCAAGUUGAGCUCAAUUUGACUUUAGAC